AACCCUAAAUGCACGUAUUCUGGAAUUUAAUUUUCCCCCAAAUCCGCUCAAAAUUCAGUCUACUUCCACAUUGUCCUUUUUCUUUUUUGAAGCUACCAACAGAUUUAGUUUUCAAAAAAGAAUAAAUGGAAACAACAGCAUCUCAUCAUGAUCUUCUCAAGCAGCGGUGGAAUUCAAAGGUGAGGAGUCACGAGGUUGCUGUAGCGGAGCUAAAUAAUCUUUCUUCCUCUCGGGCUGUUUAUCAAAGAAAUGGGAAUAUAUAUUUCCGUACAAGCAUUCAGAAGGCAAAGGAAUCCGAACAGAAACAAUUGGAUUUUGCCAAAGCUAAGCUACAAAAGCCGAGUUCGAGUUGAUAGCAUCAUCAAACCACUGCAACCUCCAACGUUGCCGGUAUUGAUGUUCAGAAGAGAGAAAUUAUGUAGAACUGAAGGAGGAAAAUAUAAAUUUUUUCAACAAAUUUGGACGGUGCUCUUAAGGAAUCGUUACGUUUGAUUAUGAAGAUGAAACAAGAAGUACUUUCGUGGCACAUUUACAUCUAUCCCUAUUCUGUUAGCUAUUUCAAAUUUGAUUUCGAGUCGGUCGGAUUUUCUUUCGGUGAUCUUGUGUCGUAAUGGAUGAUAUGGAUUCUCAAGUAUUCCAUUAGGUCAUGUUUGGUAUGCAGUUUUGAACGAGACUAGAAAGUAGAAUUAACAAAGUUUAGUUUCUUUUUCUUUCUUCAUAGUGUCAAUAUUUUUUACAAGACAUGUCCUUAGUUUAUAUUUGUUUUAAUUUUAGGUAUCAGCCACAUGUGGUACGUGUUGUAGUC